CUGGAGCUGUCAGCUCUGCUCCGGGAAGCUUCGCUCUCCUCAGUCCAGGCUGCAGCUUCACACAGGCUGACCGGGGGCCAGCGGCAGAAGCGCUCCCUUUUGUUAGCAGCUCCAACCGGAUCCAUGCAGGACGACGCCGUUUUUGGAAAAUGAUCAUCUGUACGAGUAAAAUGGAGUACCCCCUAAUAUCGCAGUGCAAGCGGGUCCAGAAGCAGGUGAUGGUGAACGGCGAGAAGGAGCGCAUGUCCUUACUGAAAGCGCUGGUCAGCAGGGGGAGCGUGGACGCCGUGUCGCAGCAGAUGGCGUCCCACCCCCAGUAUCUGGAGAGCUUCCUGCGCACCCAGCACUACAUCCUGCACAUGGACGGCCCCCUGCCGCUGCCGUACCGCCAUUACAUCGCCAUCAUGGCGGCGGCCCGUUAUCACUGCAGCUACCUGGUGUGCCUGCACUCGGCCCAUUUCCUGAGGGCCGGCGGGGACCCCCUGUGGUUGCAGGGUCUGGAAGCGGCUCCACCUCGUCUUCGCCUGCUUGACCACAUAAACAAGGUGCUGGCCCACCAGCCCUGGCUCGCCGCCUGCUCCCACAUUCAGUCGCUGCUGAAGGCCGGUGAGCAGUGCUGGUCGCUGGCCGAGCUGGUGCAGGCCGUGGUCAUCCUGGCCCACUGCCACUCGCUCUGCAGCUUCGUCUUCGGUUGCGACACGGACUCGGACCUCGCCCACCUCGCCAAAUCUCCCAACGGCACCCCACCGACCUUCUGCCCCUUUGAUGCUGCCAACGGCAACGCCAACGUGCCUCAGUCGCUCAGGCAACCCUCCCAACAUAUCACACGGCGACGGUCUUUGGACUCGAGCUGCGACAUGGUUUGCCUGAAGGAGAGGAUCCAGAAGUCCCAGGAUGAGCAGGAGAAGAGAGAGGAGCGUCUCCUGCAGGCGCAGACUCUCCAGCAAACAGAUGUGGAAGACGAGGAGGAGAUGCUGAGCUUCGCAGAUCCAUCACGUUUCAUCACAGACCCCGACUUCUGCUACCAGGAGUUCGCCCGGCGUGACGAGGAUCACCUCCAGGUGCUCAGAGUUCAGGAUUACUCCUGGGAAGUACACGGCUUCUCCCUGAUCAACAGAUUGUACUCGGACAUCGGUCACCUGCUGGACGACAGGUUCAGGAGCGUCACUUCGCUCCCGUCGCUGCACAGCUCCGACCUGAAGAGAGCCAUCUGGAAUUACAUCCAUUAUGUGUUAGGAAUACGUUAUGAUGAUUAUGACUACGUGGAGGUGAACCAGCUGCUGGAGCGAGACCUGAAGCUGUACAUCAAGGCUGUGGCCUGUUUUCCAGACGUCACUAAAACCCCGGUGUGUCCGCUGAGCUGGACUCUGCUGAAAGCCUCAGAACGGAUACACGUCAACUUGCUGAUCAUGGAGGCCCGGCUGCAGGCGGAGCUCCUCUAUGCUUUAAGAGCCAUCACUCGCUAUAUGAUUGCCUGAAUCGCUGGUUCAGACGGCCUCCGGUACAGAGAGACCCUGAGAGGAUGAGGAACGUUGAACUGCGGUGACGCGGGGCGGGAAGCGGCAGAUUCAACGUGUUUAUUAUGCCCCUUCCCCCACAUCUCUCACCUUUCUCAGAAAACAUCCUGCCUCUCUAAAGGUUAUGUGCAAUUAUUAGUAGUAAUUUUAAAAUUU